AUGGCAGCAAAACUACCACUAGAGAUCCUCGAAUAUAUUGCAAAAUAUGUCAAAGUAUAUGACUGGUGUAAAUACGUCCUAGUCUGCAAGCAGUGGACAGAAUCAUUUUUAAACGCUUAUUGGGCUCAAGUUGACAUGAAGAAUUUUAUCAAACAUAUCCCAGAAUUAAGUAUAUUUCCUGGGCGUUAUAUGAAGAAAGCGAACUCUUUCAAAUUAAUUGGAGUCUUUGGAAAACAUUAUCACGGGCUUCUCAAGCGCCUUAAUAUAUUUGCUGUAUUUAAACCAAUAUCCGAAAAAGACAUCGAAGCAAUAAGAAACGCCGAACCAGCGCACACUGUUACCGAGAUCGAUUUUUGCUCUCAUUAUACUGACACAUCGUGGAUAUUUUACUUUGCACACAAGUAUCCCAGUCCAGUCAAUUCUAAUUCAGAGAUUCAAUCUCCAGAGUACCAACACUCUACACACUUGCCACAUCCGUUACAAACACUGGAAAUUGCGAAGACAAGAAUCGAUAUACAUGUUUUUAAAUACAUAUCUUUCCGUUGCAGACAGCUGAAAUAUAUGACAUUGCUAUUUAUUUCUUAUCGUGGUUCUGACAUUGAUAAAACCAGACAAAUACUUGUGGAUAUGCCCUUUUCACAACUAAAACUGUUAAAAGCAUACGGUAACCAAAAAUCUUACUCUUUGUCCCCUAACCUUAUUGUCAUUGAGCAAAUGGGAAAUGAUGAAACCGAUCAAGGACAUGCACCCCAAUUAAACUGGUAUCAUUUGUGCGUCGACACAACAAACAGAAGAAACAUAUUAUUGGUAUGGGAACUUGGAAGAUGUGACAUUGAAUUUUGCCAGAGAUACCUUAAAGACUUUGGGCGAAGAAGAGAAUUUGAAGAGGAACGAAAUGAUACGGAGGAAUAUGAUUUCAGUUAUAAACUUAAAAGGUUUUGGAAAAGGGAUCUUCAACUUGGUGUCUUGAUAUUACGAUUCAAAUCUCAACACGUGUCUGACCAAUCUCAGGCUCCUCUUAAGAGCCACCCGCCGGGCAGGGCUCGUGGACAACAGGAAUCCACGAGGUCCCCUCCCAGCGGGUCUUCUCAACGCCCGAAUGGUGACCACCUCCAGGCGCUUGGCCAUAUGGGCCGUGGAGGUGAAGUCCUCCGGACAAGGACGCUUUGUUCCUCUAGGAACAGCUAUGGAAUAGUAUAA